AUGUCAGGUUUCGUCCCUGCUGAAGCGUCAUCGAGCCGCAUCCCUUCGAUCGCAGUCAAACGAGCGAGGUCACAGAGUCGAAAGAGGGGAGAAUCAACCUCACGAUCGAAACCCAACCAUCGACCCAAUCAAACUGCUUCACCUGUCCCUAGCAACAUCACCUCUCAUGUCAGUCCGACCGUACAACGCAAAGUACGCACAGUACCUCCAUCGGCUUUGUAUACCCCUGAUUCCCCUCCAACCCCACUUCAACCCCCUCCCGUCGAACCUACUUCGAGCUCAAAACCUGUACCUGCGCCACCCACACGCCGUCGUCGUCGACAUCGGACAGCUUAUGACACAUCAUCUUCGGACGCUGAUUCCGAUAGUACGGAUGAUGAACCUCCAUGGUGGACUUUCACCCAAAGGGGUAUGAUGAAGAUGCGGACUAGGAACCUGCGUCGACGGAGGGAUGUGGAGAUGGGUCUCGAUGCUGAUUCUGGUCGUGAGAGCGGGAGAGACGUGGUCGAUGUAGAGAAGAGAAGAAAGGGGAAAUCCAAGAUUGAUGGUGAUACACGAUCCAAAGAUCUUAAGCUUUCCGUGAACAAUUCGAGCGUCGGGGUCGAUGGAAUUCAUGACUCUUUCACGAAGAUCUCUCCAAGUGGUCAACCUCCGACCCGAAGAGGUUCUGGGAAUGUCAUGUUUCGUCGAGUGGUAGGGAGAGCAUCAGAUCCUCCAAGGGCGAAACCCCGUAUGAUGAGAAGCAAUUCAGCCCCUUCUUCACCAAUAAUCAACACGUCCUCUUCACAUCUUCUCGGAUUAAAUCAACUGGCGGAACUUGCCCCUCCACCUUUACCAAGAAUCAACACCACUGAUCUUGCCACUGUACAUGAAAACGGACUUCCUCGAAUUGAACCUCGACGUCAAUUGACUGCACCUUUCACUCGGUUCCGUCGACGGAAUAGUGCUGCACCUGGUAGUUUGACCGAUACCGAUAUCACCGUUAAGCCUCGUCGAAGAUUAUCGGAUUUACCUAUGCGUCACGGCACAUUACCAGAAGGCGAAGUCACCACUCCUGAAGUGGGUAGAAGUAGUGAUGGACUCACACCUCAAACUCCUACUCGACCAAAAGUUAGACGUGCACCUCCAUCAAGACUUCGACUCAACCUUCCUCCGCCUUUGACCAGUCGAUUGACACAUGGUUUUCACGCUGGGACUUGGCAAGAUGCAUUGUAUGGGUAUUACAGUGAAGAUGCUGGAAGUGGAGGAAAGAGACCUCCUACUUCAAGAUACGUCCGAACCAACGAACCUGUCUUAACCCCUGAUCCUUCUCCCCCGGCAUCACCGGCAACUCCACCACCCAAGAAGAAGACGCGUAAACCAAGACGAUACCUCCAAGCUCAGGUCCCUCCCACCCCAUCAGGUUUGGGGUUCACACCUACAAGCGAGAGGGCGAGAAUGGAAGGGAGGGUCGAUGAACAUGGGUUCGUCUGGUCUGCUCAGGAGAAUGGAAACCAAGUAUCUGAGAAACCACAACAAGUUGUCGAAGAAGAUAAUUUGAGUAGGUUUGAUACUCGAGCCACUGUGACCAACACGGAGAAGGGGGAUAGUAUGGGGAAGAAAGGUUUGAUGCCUUUCAAGAAAGAUAGGGAGAGGAGAAAGAGGUUUGUGGAUGAGAUUGAUUGGAAGCAAAGAGCGAGGAGGUAUCUUUUCUUAGAUGCGAGGGUUACCAUUUGGAUUAGGGCUGUUAAUUUAGCUGUGGUGGUUGCUCUUUUGGGUCUGGCAAUAACGAUCCGACUCGAUCUAUUUCAUCUCAACCUUCCCGGUUUAUUAGGUUCCUCAACCACCUUGAUAAUCUCCUAUUCAUCACUCACCGCACUACACGUACUCACAGCUAUCUAUCGUGAAUAUUUCGGUAAACCAAUAGGUCUAUGGGCACUUCGUUCGAAAAUGUUAUGGGUUUGUCUAGACCUUUUAUUCGUGGCAUUAUGGAGUUCAGCAAUGUCAGUAGCUUCCAAUGAUUUCAUUUCAACACCACUUCAUUGUACAAAAGGUGAACCUUGGUGGAGAAGCGGAUUAUCACAAUCUUAUUCACGUCUAUUAGACGCUUUGGAAAUCGCUAGUGAAACAAAAGAAGAAUUAAAUAUAUCAAAUUCUUUAGGAAUAACAUUACCUAUCGAAAUCAUGGAAAACCCUUUGACUAAACAAGUUUGUAAUAGACAAGCGGCUUGUAUAGGUUUAAGUUUAUUCGCUUUGUUGUUAUAUGGUGGUAAUAUGGUUUUAAGUUUAUUUAGGAUUUUCGAAACUGUUAGAAGGACUGCUAAUCCUGGUAAAGCUAUGGCUUUUUAG